AUGACGCAGACAACAACAGCCGCCCCGGCGGCAAAGACGCAACUCAUAUACCUCAUCCUUCUAUCUGUAUUAUUUAAGACUGACAACCUUGCAGCCCAUCUCACGCUCCACGGCGGCAUCCCCACCUUCAGGGGCCGCGGCCAGAAUGGGACACUGUCCCAAAGACAACUGAGAUACGCUAUCAGAAUGGGUGUAAUUACCCGGAGAGAGGUUUUGCGGCUGAUCCAGCAGCAGCAAAAAAUCCAACAACAAAUGCAACAAAUGCAGGAGCUUCCUGAAGAGCUCCAAUUGGAGGAAGAUGUGGGAGAACCAAUGGAGAUCUCCCAGUUGGAAGGAUUAACUUGGCCGCGCACUUCCGUACCUUCCUGGCCAGCAACCGACUGCAGGCCCAGACUGCCAGCUCUGACCGCCUUGCCGCCUGAAUUGACGGUAGGAUGCCCAUCAUCGAUCAACUUGAGGGUAUUUUACGCAUCUUGUCGGCGCCUACGGCGCGAGAAAGGGCCCAACGAGGCCAAGGCCGUCGCCAAGGCCGAGGAGGAGGCCGAGGAGGCGAGACGUUUGGGGGGGAGGGGGGUGGUGAGAAUCCCCGGAUUCUCCGGCCGCGAUGGCAAUGGCACCCUUUCGCGCUCUCAAGCGUGUACUUUCUUCAACCAAGGCUACGAAACCCUCAUCGCGACCCAGCAAACAGCUCCGGCUGCUACUGCUGCUGCUAUUCUCUUCGCCCCAGCCCCCGCCCCAGCUCCAGCUCCCGCUCACGCUCCGUGGCCCCCGUGGCCCCCGGCCCCGGCCAGCUGCAACAAUAAGACUUUUGCUUUUACCACGAGUGUUAUGAAGAAUAUGCAAAACAAGGAGCAGAAGAAGGAAGAGGGGGAAGAGGAGGAGGGAGUGGACGAGACCGAGGAGGCCCAGAUGAUCGGGGUGGGCAGUGAGAAUCCCCGGAUUCUCAGGCCGCGGUGCCAAUGGCACCCUUUCGCGCGCUUAUCAACUCGGGGACUUCAAGCCCCAAUGGCAACCCAACAAGCAGCCCCGGCUCCUACUCCUGCUCUAGCCCCAGCCCCCACCCCCGCCCCAGCGCCUGCGCCUGCUCCUACUCCUACUCCUGCUCCUGCUCCUACUCCUGCUCCCGCUCCCGCUCCGGCCCCCGUGGUCCCUGGCUCCGGCCAGCAGCAACAGCAGCAGCAACAGCCACCACAGGAUGUGGUGAUGGUUGGGGCCCCGGCCCAAGAAGAAGCGGAAGAAGAAGAAGAAAUCCAAGCCCAAGAAGAAGAGGAAGAGGAAGAGGAGAUUGCUCCCUCCGUUGUGGGGGAGCUAGACAUCGACUUCUCGUUGUCUUAA